AUGCGCCGCCGGAACCUGAAAGCGCUGGACCUUGGAAGGGAUCGGGACACCAAAGCAGACCGGCUCUUCAAGGUCUUUGAUCUUGGGGCAGAUGGAGGAUCCACACGGCAUGGCACUUCCGGCAAGUGCAGAGAACGAUCUGCAGAGGAACCACGUGGGAAUGUCACCUUCGGCUCAGGCGAACAUGCUCGAGCUUCCCUCACAGUGACAGUGGAGGCAGCCGCUGGAAGCUCUGCCGGUCUGCACGAGCCGCCAGAGACGCCGAUGCAGGAGGAGGAGAGGGAGGAGGACCAAGACGAGGGAGAGGAGGCGCUGGGCUUCAUCAUGGAUGCCACGGCAGAUCAAACGGUCGCGGAUUUGGUUCGACCAGCAAGGAAGCCUUCCAUGCCCGCGCUGACCAAAGAGGAGGUGCAGGAGGCUGAGGCGGCCUGGCGCGUCGAGGGCAGUGCCCGCGCUGGUUUCAAGGUCUUCCGCCGCAAAGAUCACACGGACGAAGAUAACUCCCCGCCGACGCUGAAGAAGCGAAGCAGGAGCUCGAAGCGACGAAAGAGGUCGCACAGGAGAGAAGAAAUGGCUUUUCCCGAUCUCUGA